CCGCCAGUUUCGCGCCGCGCAUCGCACGCAGCAGUCGCGUGCGCAUAUUAAGUGAUAGGACAGUUCGGUUAUCGUGAUGCGUUCGGGCGUUCUCGCCGUUGUGGUUCUGUGUAUAGGGAGCGCACUAAGCGCGGAGCGAUAUGUGGGCAAGUCGCUCGGCGCGCUCACACAGCUCGAGCACGGCGUGCGUGGGCACGUGUACGCCGUCGACGCGCGCACCCUGUAUAUACAGGGCUUCUAUUACGAUGGCGAGGGGCCAGCUGCCUACUUCUACGUAGGCACCAGCGGCGCCCCGUCCGCGACGGGAGCGACACGACUCCGCGACGACCGCGGCAGCACCAACCCCCUGCGCAAGUACAGGGGGGAGGGGGUGGCCUUGUCUUUGCCCGAUAACCUCACUUUGAAGGAUAUCAAAUGGUUCGCCGUAUGGUGCGAUGAAUAUUCCGUAAACUUCGGUGACGUCCGCAUCCCCCGCGACCUGGAGUACCCGAAACCGGCCAAAGUGGGAGCCCUGAGGGGGGUCCACGGCGUGUCUUCAGACCCUGUGGUCGUGGUCGACGCUCAGACCCUGCUGGUGCCUAACUUCUCUUACGACGGAGGGGCUCCUGACGCCAAGUUCUGGGUGGGCCGCGGUUCCAAGCCGUCUCCGGCCGGCGUGAGGAUCCCUGAUGAGAACGGCAAAGAAGCGCCUUUGAGGAAGUACGACAGGAAGACUAUCGUGCUGACGCUGCCUGGGGAACUGACGGUGUUCGAUAUUGGCCACUUCGGCGUGUGGUGCGAAGCUUUCACCGUGGACUUCGGACACGUCCAACUGCCACGAGAACAGCUGGCUAAUGUUCCACCCAGUCUGAAGAUGCUUGGAGUCUCUCCGCAGUCAAAGCUGAACUGCGAAGUGUUGUACGACGACCUGGCCUUUGAAGUCCGUUGGGCCGUUGCUGGGGACAGCAUCGUAUUGCAGCUGGUGUCUAAACUGGAGGACGGCGAAUACAUGUCAUUCGGCAUCUCUGGUGACCCUCACCACUCCCAGAUGGUCGGCGGUGACGUAGCCGUGGCCUGGGUGGACAAAAGCACGCUGAAGGGAUUCGCUGUAGAUUAUUAUCUGGAUGCGAAGAGCCAGUGCGCGGGCGUGAGGGGAUCUUGUCCCGAUGAAGUAUUUGUGGACGGCGCCAACUCCAUCCGGCUGCUCAACGCCGCUCUCGUCAACGGCUACAGCAUCGUGACCUUCCAGAGGAGCCUUAAAGCUGCUGAUGAACUGGAUUUGCCUUUCCUGACCAACGCAAGCCAGCCUAUCAUCUGGGCCAUUGGACCCUUAAACUCCAAGAACGAAGUGUCCUACCACCAUCACUUUACCAAGGGAGACAAAUUCAUCGAAUUCGGACGACCACCGGUCUGGAACUGCCCCAUGCCGGAAGGAGAGGACGAGCACCACGAGGAGCCACCACCAAUACGCCCGGAGGUCCAACGGAAACCACAGCCUGAAGAGAAGCCAGCAAUCAAGCCUAACCCAGUGCCAACUCCCAAGCCAGCGCCGAAGGUGGCUCCCUGGGAGAUUCCGCCGAUCCAGUGCAACGAACCUGAAGACGGAGUUUUCUACGCUCAGAUGGGACCCACUGGUGGGAAGCAAGGAUACCCUGCUAUUACAGGACACGUCGGCUGGGGCAUCUCCUGGUACAUCAACGGGCUGCUCAUCCCCGAGAUCAACGUGGUCCGGGGCCGCAAGUACACAUUCGUGACGGAGGGCGGUGAGGAUGUCUCGCAGCCCGCGCGGUACCAUCCCUUCUACAUCACCAAUGAUCCUGUUGGAGGGUACUUCCAUAAGACUGAUGAGGAGAAACAGGGCAUCGAAAUCUACGCAGGCGUGCGGCGUUCGCGCACAGGCGAGCUUAUUCCGACAGGCAUCGGUCGCCUCUGUAACUGGACCCCCAAUAAGGACGGACCCGAGGCCGACGAGUACCCCAGCUUCGGGGCCUACCAGCGCUCUCUGACCCUGGUCUGCGAGCAGGGAGACCCUGGGGUCAUCACCUGGACCCCAGACAAGCAUACUCCUGAUACCGUCUAUUACCAGUGUUUCACCCACCGACAUCUCGGUUGGAAAAUAAACGUGGUUGACGAGUGUGACGCGGUCGACAGCGAGGAGAGUCGCGUGGUUGAGCGAGUGGUGGCGCCCGAUUUGCUCGGAGAGGAAUCCGUCCAGGUACACAGUCGUGUCAAACCCGAUAACUUCUUAGAGCACAAGCGGCUCGAGAAAAUAAUCAACUCGAAACCACCUUAUAACGAUUUCAGUAGCAAUAAGCUCACCGGGGAGGUGCGGUAUCGCCCGGAGCCUUCCAACCAGCUACACCAGGAGUAUGGAUUGCCGAUCGGCGCCGGACAGAUCAAGGAAGUCAUAGACGUCGUCGAGACGAUAGAAUCUAACAUGAAGGAUCAGAUGAAACAUGACAAACAUCAGCCCAAACCGCAUCAGUACCAGGUGCAUGAGGAUAUCAACGAGUUUUUACCAGAACAACCCAUGAGGGAAGGAGAUGAAUACGUGGUAGAGCCCGGGAAGAUGCCUGAGAGUUACAUGCUACCACCCAACCAGAAGCCAUUGACGUUGCAGGCGGUACUUCGUCCUAAUGGCCCAAACACACACCCAGGUAUGGGACAUCCAUUUAGAAAAACACCCCCAGAAUUGAAGCUACGCCGGCCCCCACCGAUGCGGCACCAAAAUAUUCCGGGUUAUCCUCUAUCGAUGCCGACGCAUUCCCAGAAAAAGAAAUACUCGAACAACCGUGGGCCGCCGGUCCGACUACCCAUGCAAUCUAACCAUGGGCCUUUACCAAGCAUGACACAGUUAAAACCAUUCCCGCCACAGGGGAAACCGUUGCCUCCACUCAAGCCCUUAAGGCCAGGUUUUAGUUUUUCCCUACCAACAUCUAUGAGCCAAUUACCCCAAGUACCUUCGGGACCAGUGCAGAGCAUUAUAAUGGGCAAGCCGGCUCCAUCCAGUGUACAGCCGCCUAUAAAGACACAGACAUUAAGUCUUGGCAAGAGCGAUAUCAUAGCGAAUCACGUUGUAAAAAGUCAAAUUACCCUCCCAGGGCUUAGCGACUUAGUCAUCGCGCAGCCCACUGAACCACAAAUCAGCAUGAGCCGACCAGGUCAAAUUAUAUUAGGAAGACCGAUGGAAAAUCCUGUGCCUUUAGAUCAACAGAUGGCCCCUAACAAACCGAGGCUUGAAGUUAUCCCUAUAGAAACAUCUGAACCCCCUCGUCCAACGAAUACGCCUCGCAUCAGAAUAAAACCGGUCGAACCACUACCAGAUAAAACUGAAACUGAAAUCAAGUCAUCUGAUUUCAUGGGUGAAUCAGUCGACCCUACGCCACUGCAACCUGCAGUCAAUACUGGCUUCAAGCCUGAUUCGAUUGUCGUUGAGAGUGGCUUCAAACCUAUCAUUAGAGAACCUCUGAUGGCUAGUGAGGAUAGAAUCACGAAUUAUGAUGUCAGUUCUAAUAGAAGACAAGACACUGAUGUUGAAGAAGACUACGAAGAGGCACCACAAGGAAUCUCAUCAUCAUCAACAAGUCAUGCUUAUCCUCCUAGUGAAACUUUGACUCAGUCGUUCGAGCCUAUAUUUAUACCAUCACCGCUCGAUCAUAUCAGUGAUAAUACAGAGAAAUCAACUACUACAGAACUAUUUCCCAUCAAUCAUGCUAAAGAAGAACGGCCUUAUCCGUUUUAUGUUAAAGAAGAUGACACAAUAGACGAGCUUUUUAGUAAAAAGAAUAUGGAGAAAGAUGUCCCGGAUAUGGUAAUGGAAUCCGACCGAGUGAGUCCUCAGUAUCUGCCUCCUGAUCCAAAGUCACGUAACAAGCCACAGCCUAUAAAACAAGCACCAACACAAGAACAGACAUUUACAACCUACGAUGGGAAGACUGUCUCUGGUGCAUCAUUAGUUUCUGUUCCCGCCUCUUCAAGCGACACCCCUUCGGGUGGCACCAAAUUGUUUUCUUCCAAACUACCGUCAAUUACCGAAUUACUACUUAAGAAGCCACAAUUUGGACCAUAUAGAGGAGAUUUGCCAACUGAAGUAGUUGAACACUUAAAAAAAGAUACAUUACCUAGAAGCCCUUCAAAAGUAGUUUCUUUUGAGGAGCAAACCAAAGAAGAUGGGACUGAUAAUUUGAAACCCGAAGCAAGUGAGAUUGACGGAGUUAAAGUUUCACCGCCAGAACUCAAAGAAAAUGAGGCUGAAAAUGACGAUGAAAGUGAUGAAUAUGAAGAAGAUGACGAGGAAGAGGAAGGAUUUUCCAUUAGGAAAAAAAGAGACACUAAAGAUACUCUAUUCGAAAGAGGCGAGGUUGAAGAGCAACCGGCUACGGUUAGAGUCAGUUCAAUAAAAAAUCAAGUAGACUUUGACGUUGGUAAAAAGACUGUUACUAAUUCCGCAAUACAAACGUGGUCGACAAAUCUAGUUCUUCUAACGUUAUGGCUGAGACUUUUAUAAUUUGUAAUUUAUUUGACUAUUUAUUGGAUUAAGUUUAAGCCUUGCCAUUAAUGCAUUUUAGCGUGGGCUGUCUUCGUCUAUCCUUGAUGUAUCUUGGUGCACACUGUUACCAUCAUGUUUCACGCGUAAAGCAGUCAAUACUCCAUUAAUUUAAGGUUUUGUAAAUAUUUUUUUUACGUUUUAAUAAUAAAUUAGUUUAACUUUU